AUGGACAGCUCGAGAACAAACGUUCUGCUGCUUGUUUUAGCCCUUGUUGCCUGCACACGGGCCGAAGGCCGAACAAAUCUCAUAGUCGGCGGAUUCCGAGUGGACAUCGAAGAAGUGCCCUACCAGUGCGGCAUAUUCCGGGACGAACGGUUCAAGUGCGGUGGUACCAUCAUCGGUCCGCACUGGGUCGUAACAGCACAGCACUGCGUGAAUGGCACCCAGCCUCAACGGUACGAUGUGGUAGUCGGUGUGAACACACCGAAAGCCGGUCAGCUACUCCCGGUCGAUGAAAUGUACUUUCCGGCCGACAAUCCCGACCAAUCGAAAUUCGACAUAGCGCUGUUCAGGCUCGCCCGCUAUCUGGUCUUCGGCCCGACGGUGUCCUGCGUUCCGUUGUGGAACGCGAAAAAGUGGCCCGCGCCCCGUACGGCCGGUUACAUUUCCGGCUACGGCGAUACCCUCGAGCGCAGCUUAGACUACCAGCUGAAGGCUGCAGUUGUGUCGGUUCUGCCACAGAAGGAGUGCGUCAUGUUAUAUCCGGGACAGAUCAAACCCUAUAACUUUUGUGCCGGGUUCGAGGGCGGCAAGGUGGACACCUGCCAGGGAGACUCCGGGGGACCGCUGGUGGUGGAUGGGCAGCUGGCCGGCGUUACCGUCUUUGGCGACGGUUGUGCCAGGCCACUCGCACCGGGAGUGUACAUAGCGGUCAGUUCCUUCUACAAUUGGGUUCCAACGAGGCAACAACAUGUUGCGCUUCGGUAA